AUGUCUACAGUUGUCGCACCUGCUACGGCCGCACCCUUGGCCACUUCCCGCGUUGAUAGAGCAGCAAGUCCCAAGGGUUUUCCUUCACUGGGUCCCGCGGCUUCAUCGACGACUUCUCGAUUGCCCUCCGGUGCACAGGACGGAGCGGUAGCCGCAGGAAAGUCGAGCCCUGAAGGGAAGAAGACUCCUAAUUCUAAUGCCGCCCCCAAAAUCAUCGUCAAAAAAGAGCCACCAUCCUCACCCACAAUGUCUACACACUCGCGGCCCCGCCCUCGAAAACUCGAUCUUUCCGCUAGCACAUUGUCGGUGCGCGCUCCAGGAGGUCCAAUGACUGCCCGCGAAGGCUUUGGGAUCCAGGAGGUUGGCCUAGCAUGCUUAUCUCCUGGCUUUCAGACGCACGAUCCCGAACGACAAGAACAGUUACAACGGAGCAUUGCAGUGCGCGAGCAGCAGCGAUCUAUCAUCGAGUCGAGACUGCAAAGAUCCGCUAAAGGCGACGGCAACGAUUCAAAGCUACCCGACUCGAGUUCGUUUGGCUCGUUAAAGCUCGCCAAGAAGCGCCCGCCUCCAGGCCUCUCCAUCGUGCCCCCUUCCGCCUCGCAGUUUGCAAACGAAAGGGUUGUGCAGUCCGCUCCUUUGAACAAGACGUUUACCGGUCGCCAUGACCCACCGCCUAUCACUCGUCACCUCAUUAACUAUACGCCUAACCUUCCCUCGCCAUCUCACAUCCACCAUGUGCCAGCGACGCAAACGAACAACCGCUUACCUCCGCUUUCCGAUGUCUUUGGAUCGGACUUGGCUUCAAAGGAGAGAGAGCGCGAGCGUAACGGGCCAUUCCCUGGCUCCGGUGUCAACUCUUCCCAAUCUACCACCACCACUACCACUACUACUACGAAUAUCCCUCUGUUUUCUUCUUCUCCCAAUAAUAAUGCUCCAUCGCAACAGCAACGGCCCCGAGAGUAUCGAUCGGCUGAAGAAGCCGUGCACGAGCUCUCCGGAGGCCGCGAGGAUCUUCUCCCCCGCAUUGUUCACUACACCGGCCAUCAACAACCAACCACCCCCCCUUCGCCUUAUGGGAAUGGUCAUGUAGGUGCUGCCCCGGCCGCACAGCAGGCAUAUGUGCCACCCCCAAACCAGGGAACUGCCCGUCGCCGGACGCGGAACGAAUACGAACAAGACAAUGGCAGUCCGCCAUUAGGUUCGGGCCCGGAUAUGAGGUAUCGAAAUGGGCCCGGGCCCUCGAUGCCCUCGUACGGGCCGUUUGGAGCUGGACGUGAUUCGCCAGAAACGCAAAGGAAAAAGAAGGACGAGUUCCUGUCCCUUUGCGCACGAGCAUGGGAUCUCUUCCAUUCAUAA